AUGGCAGUACCUUCGGUCCCAGCAGAUAUGGAGCGCGCCCGUGAGCUCGAGGACGAAAAGCAGCAGAACAAUGAUCCUGAAGCUGCCCAGAACACCACGGAGGAUCUCAACAACAAGAAGAAGUCAGUUUACAAUGGCCUAGGUUGGCUAGACCGCCUGCUCGUGCUUUGGAUCCUACUGGCAAUAGUUAUCGGCAUCUUACUUGGGAAUUUCGUCGACAGCGUCGGCCCUGCUCUACAGAAAGGCAAAUUCGUCGACGUCUCCGUUCCUAUUGCCGUGGGACUACUCGUUAUGAUGUACCCAAUCUUGUGUAAGGUCCAGUACGAGACACUGCAUCAAGUCUUUGCCCACCGGCAAAUUUGGGUGCAACUGGGCUUCAGCAUCAUUGUGAAUUGGAUAAUUGCUCCCUUGCUGAUGCUUGGGCUUGCCUGGGCGUUUCUACCUGACAAACCUGGCCUCAGAAAUGGCCUGAUAUUCGUCGGUCUGGCUCGCUGCAUUGCGAUGGUUUUGAUUUGGACAGGACUUGCUGGUGGAGACGAGCAGUACUGCGCCAUACUGGUGGCGGUCAACUCUCUUCUGCAGAUGGUUCUCUACGCGCCACUAGCAAUCCUGUUUGUCAACAUAAUCAGCCACGGGGGCGAAACUUCGGUCUCGUACACUGUUGUCGCACGCAGUGUAGGUGUCUUCCUUGGCAUUCCUCUUGCCGCCGCUAUCCUUACACGACUUCUCCUCCGCGCAAUCAAUAAACAGUGGUACGAUCGAACCUUCAUUAAAUGGCUCUCGCCGUGGUCACUCAUUGGCCUGCUUUACACCAUUCUAGUCCUGUUCGCAUCGCAGGGCAAGCAGGUUGUUCACCAGAUUGUGUCUGUUCUCAGAGUGGCUGCACCUCUCUUCUUCUACUUCCUCAUUAUCUUCUCCGCUACCUUGUGGGUCACGGCACGGCUCGGAUUUGGCUAUAAGCUGGCGGCUACCCAGAGUUUCACCGCUGCCAGUAACAAUUUUGAGCUAGCAAUUGCGGUUGCGGUUGCCACCUUCGGAGCAAAUAGUGACGAGGCCCUCGCGAGUACAGUGGGCCCUUUGAUCGAGGUGCCGGUCCUUGUGCUUCUUGUGUACCUCGUUAAGUGGGUGGCAGGACGUUGGGGUUGGAAAGAUUAA